GACAUCAGCUCCAACAUCUACGUUCUAAAGCAAGGAUGGCUGGGAUGGACAGGAUGUUUCAUUGUGAACGGAAACAAUGUUCCAGGUCAAGCUGAGUCUGCCAAACACAAACCCUCAAGAUAAUUCUAGAAGAAAUCUUGACAAGCCUUAUCAUGUGGUUUUUCUACACCUUGAUUCCAUGUUUGCUCAUAGAUGGAGUUGCCCCUCUGCCUGCCCCUCAGAACCUCUCUGUACAAUCAAUUAACAUGAAGCAUCUCUUGAUGUGGAGCCCAGUGAUCAUGGCUGGAGAAAUAAUACUCUAUUCUGUUGAGUACCAAGGAGAGUAUGAGAGCCUGUACAUGAGCCACCUCUGGAUCCCCAGCAGCAGGUGCUCACCUACCAAAGAUCCUGAGUGUGAUGUUACUGAUGACAUCACUGCCACCGUGCCAUACAACCUCCGUGUCAGGGCCACCCUCGGCUCUAAGACCUCAGCGUGGAGCACCCUGAAGCACCCCUUUAAUCGAAACUCAACCAUUCUAACCCCACCUGGAAUGGAGGUCACUAAGGAUGGCUUCCACCUGGUUAUUAAGCUAGAAGACCUGGGGCCUCAGUUUGAGUUCCUCGUGGCCUACUGGAGGAGGGAGCCUGGCGCUAAGGAACACGUCAAAAUAGUGAAGAUCAGGCACAUUCCAGUGCAUCUGGAAACCAUGGAGCCCGGGGCUGUGUACUGUGUGAAGGCCCAGGCAUUCGUGAAGGCCAUCGGGAGGCACAGCGCCUUCAGCCAGGCAGAAUGCAUCAAAGUGCAAGAAGAGACACUCCCUCUGGCACUGGCCCUGUUUGCAUUCGUUGGCUUCAUGCUGAUUCUUGUGGUUGUGCCGCUCUCCACCUGGAAGAUGGGCCAGCUGCUCCGGUACUCCUGUUGCCCCUCGGUGGUGCUCCCCGACACCUUGAAAAUCACCAAUUCACCCCAGAAGUUAAUCAGCUGCAGAAGGGAAGAGGUGGCAGCCUGUGCCACCACCAUGCUGUCUUCUGAGGCUCUUCCGGACCUGGAUCUAAUGGGCUUGGGGAAAGGCCCAGGUGAAGCUGAGAAACCUGGUCUGCAUGACACAGGAGCUGUGAGGGGAAAGGCUGCAUUUCUGUUUUCCUCCAUGGACAAGAGAAGUCAGAAGAGCCUUCUGUGUCCAUUUCUAGAACCACUGUCAGGCAGAGUGGUUUGGCAGACAAAGCACUGAGUGGGGCAGGAGAUGUGCCCGUAGAGUUGGAUCUCUCUGCUUGCCACCCACUAGCUGAAUGACCCUAGGGAAAGUGACUUUUUCCCUCUGGCCCUCAGUUUUCUCAUCUAUGAAAUGGGUGGAUUAACUAUACAACUGUUACACCAUGUAUGUAUAUACAUAUCUCCAGCACAGGGAAAUUGGUGACACUGUACAUUGCAAUUGGUUCAGCUUUUCUGAAGAGCAGUAUACAAAAGUAUCAUAGGAAUGAUCAGAGACUCUAUACACCAGCUGGCUUGGAGACCCCACUUUCCUGCAGGAAACCUUGAAAAGGAAACGAAGGAUGGGUUACAAUGGUGUUGAUUUCACUUUAAGCCAAAUGCCUGUGCAGAGGUGAUUGGGCCAGCCUGCUCUCCAAUGACCGCGAAGGAGGCCACAGCCCCACUGACACUGAAACGUGCACGAAUACUGUGGGUUCAUGAGAUACUAGAAAUGGCAAAUCGUGUGUGCACAUUGAGAACA